GGUGGGGCGCCGAACAUGUUCGGUGUGCUACACAGGUCUUCACCUGAAUGCAAUUCCUUGUCAUUAUUGCUGUAUCUAGUCCGGAAAUUGAUCAAAUACAGGUUGUUCCAUGCUAUGGGCCCGCUGAGCAAGGGCGUGCACCGGUUGCUGGUACCUUUCCAGGAGGUCCAAGAGACUUCUGAGUCAGUGGACGGCAAAGGUGCGGAAAGGCCAUUUGGUGGAGGGUCUGGAGACAGGGGGGGUGAAACGAGUGAAAACGCCGCCAGCACCUCGAGCCUUCCCAAGGAUGUGCAAGCCUGCUCAGCAUUCCGGAUUUUCACGCAGACGGACAUGAUGCGGUUCCUUGUGCGGCACAUCGACGUGCUCGGACCAAUUGUAUCGUGCAGCAUCGACGACCUUGAUCUUUUGCAUCCGUCGCUGUCUGUGCUGGCGGUACCAGCGUCAAUGACAGUUAAGGAUGCAUUGAGGAUGAUGAGGAGUCAUGGUGGUGUGAACGCCGUUGCAGUCGUUGAUCCGGCCGAUAGCGGCGAGCACGAGGUAGGACCGCCGGGGUGGAGUCGAGGCGGCAAGCUGGUUGGGACGCUAUCGGCGAGCGAUUUUCGUGGUCUGGAUCCGAAAGCAAUCCAGGAAAUGCAUGUCAUGCCGGUCAUGGAGUUCGUUUCGCGCACAUGCGGUUCCGGAGUGCCACUUCCUCUUGUGAGUUGUCGUCCGACGACACCUCUAGCCACCGUGAUGGCCGAAGCACUUAUCGCCGAGGUCCACCGGGUAUGGGUUACGGACGAGGAAAGCCGAUUGUUGGGGGUCGUCACAUUUACCGACAUGAUCCGCGCUAUAAAGAAGGAGCUGCUAGGGGACUAGCUGCUCGAUACGCUUGGCUGUUUCUUAGAUCCAGACUUUGGUUAUGGGUCACACAGAGCUCAGAUUUUUCCCGACACGAUCCGCACUAUAAACAAGGAGCUGCGAGGGGACUAGCUGCUCUCAGCUAUAAGCUUAGAUACGCGCUUUGAAAGAGCGCACCCAGUCCCAUUUGCCGACACGAUUCGCUGUAAACAUGAAGAUGCUUGGCGGCUUGCUGCUUGAUGCGCUCGGCUGCGACUUAGGGUACACCCUUCGCUUAUCAUUUAAGAAUGAUUGCGAGCGGAGAGGGCAAGGAAGAAUGGAAUGCGAGGUAGGCUAUGGCGACGAUGUAGCGAGGGUCACCAACAUGGACAACCAUUCGCACCGUCGGGCAGUGUGUAUGUCCACCGGCUGGCUAAGUUAGGUGCGCGCUUUGGUUAGGGGUAUGGCAAUGAUGUAGCUAGGGUCACUGACGCGGAUAACGGCGCGCACUGGCAGUGCGUGUGCUCGCUGGUUAGCUUUUCUGUAGGGUUACGGCUCCCGAGGAGUGCUAGGUAAUCGUCGACCGACUUCUUUCUCUUGCCGAUUACUGUCAAAGUAAUAAUGAGGGAAAGAGAGGAGGUCGUAGGGUGUACUUACACGUUAAAUCCUAGCAUGUAUCACUGUGUCAGGUUGACGAAGAGAGCCAGAUUCAUUUGAAAGUUAUCGUGCGACUACACACCCGCAGAAAGGAAAAGAGAGAACGGUUAAACCACCAGUACCUAAUCGUCGAUCUGCAGCAGGGAACCCUUACACCACCAUUUAGUUCCCCACUUGAAAGAAACAUACGCUCCGGUUUACGCGGCCAGCUUUCGACUCUCGACGGUUCAGCAUCCACACCGAGAUGGCCGGCGGCGCCAGCCAAAAUGACGCCAGCGCGGUUGCGUCUUUUUUUUGCGCGCAGGGUGAUUUUAGGCUUGGAAUCGCUAAGUCCUUCGGGACAUCCGUUAAAAUUGGAACGAUACCGCAAAGAUUAGCAUGGCCCCUGCGCAAGGAUGACAUGCAUAAAUCGAGAAAUGAUCCAAAUUUCUUAAAAAGAAAAAUUCAUUUGAAAACGCGAUGGCGGGCAUGCUGUCCGUGCUGGAUUCCCUGCGGCCGAUAGUCUUUCAGGUUGGAUGGGUGUAUGGUGAACCUGCUGUACGUUCUGACCAUAAACAUUAUAUCCGUGUUGUUCUCUAAGGAGACCAGAGAGAAGUGAUGGGUUCUCUGUGCCACUUAGUUUGUUGGGCAGACCUGCUGCCUGCAGGCUGCAGUGACCACCAACAUGAUAUGUGUUUUUCAUGGGGACAAGUUCUUCCAUUGCUUGCUUUGCCUAGUAAUCAGGGGCCCAUUGAGAAGAAGCAGAAGAAGACGAAGAUGAUGAUGAAGGAGAAGGAGAAGAAGAAGGUCUGUGCCAUAUAGUUUGUUGGGCAGAAGAGGUGAAUGGUGGAGCUGCUGCCUGCAGUGACCAUUAGCAUGAUGUGUGCGUUUCAUGAGGAGCAUCUUCCAUUGCUUGCAUUGCCUACUGAUUAGGCCUCCACGAAG